AUGGCUAACACGAGACUCCUCCUCCUCACGUUCUCGUGUCUCAUCCUCGCAGCAUCCUGCGGGGCGGGCUACGCCCCCUACGGGGCGCCGUAUCACGGCCCACCGGCGCCGUUGGCUCACGACGGGAGAGUGAUCGACACACCGGAAGUGGCUCACGCAAAACUUGUCCACCUGGCUACUCACGCGGCGGAAGCCGCCAAGGCAUCUCCCUCAACCGGUUACGACGAUUACGAUGGGAAAUACGAAGGGAACGGCGUUUACGUGGCCGGUCAGAGCUUGUACUACGGACCCCCAGCACCGUUGGCCCACGACGGGAGAGUGGUCGACACACCGGAAGUAGCACACGCCAAGGCCGCGCACCUGGCGGCCCACGCGGAACAGAUUUCGAAAAUAGCCCCGUACCAGAAGGCACAUUGGUCCAACUUUCAGAUUCUUGCUUCCAUCGUUCUGAACGUGGUCCACUCAGCGCCGCAGUGGUAUCCCGGGGCGUAUGGCGGGCACGCAGCUCCAGCCCCAUUGGGGCCAGAUGGGAGAGUGGUGGACACGCCGGAAGUCGCCCAACUGAAGGCGGCUCAUCUGGCCGCUUUGGCCGACGCGAAUGCCAGAGCUCCUAAAGGCCCCGGCGGCCCUUAUCCUGGUCCUCCUGGCUCCUACGCGCCUGGAAACUAUGCACCUCAUUACAGCGGGCCACCAGCUCCUCUCGGGCCGGACGGCCGCGUGGUGGACACACCGGAAGUGCAACAAGCCAAGGCGGCUCAUUUCUCCCUGUACAACGCCGCGGCUCAGUCGAGCGCCCCACCCGCUCCAGCACCUCCAUCGUGGAAUCCGCAUGCGACCGGCUCCUGGAACAAUCCCUCCUGGAAUUCUGGACACGAUUGGAACCAGUGGAAUUAGACGGGCGUUGAUCGUCUCGGCGGAAACGACCAGGCUGACUGUAUUUCAUUCCUUGUUCACCGAUCGAUGAUGCAAAGAGAAAAAUUCCCUUGGAUCGUCGAGUUUCAACUACCUCCGAGAAUCUUUGUCUCAAUCAAGUAGAAGAAGUAUACUUUUCUACUAUUCUUCUGCAACCUGUAUUUUCCUCCACCUUUCUUUAAGCUCCCUCUUCUCCUCUUCUCCUGGUUCUUCUCUGUGAUUCGUCUACCUCUUUACCGGUCGUUUGUCUUCUUCAGUUUUCACGAUUCUUUCGAGGCGUGAAUUCGAGGUUGGUUUUUUUUUUUUUUCUUUUUCUUUUUAUAAUUUUAAUAUUCCUCGAUAUUCCGUUGUUAUCUUGUAAAUAAAUACGCCAACGAUUGUCAUUAUAACAGAAGUAUGUUUGUGUUGGAAAAUGGAUAAAAUCAAUCAUCUUUCAAUAGAGGGAACAAUUAUCUUUUUUUUUUCCAUGUAAUUAAGUUUAAGCGAGAAAUUCAUUUCAUUUGGAAUUUGGAUUUCGCGUUGAAGAAAAUUUACGGAAUCUAAAUAGAAAUUGAAACGAGUGUUGAAUUAAUAUUUGAAAAGAGGAAUAUAAUUUUUUUCAAAGAUAGAAAUUUGCAAUGAUGGAAAUUUGCGAUGAUUGUAUGCAUCGAAAGUGAAAUAGAAAUGUGUUUGAAUCGUCGAAUGGAAAUGAAGUAACGGUGAUAUGUACCGUUACAGUUAUUGUAUACCGUAUAUAAUAAUCUUGUCACAUACCUCUUCAAGGUGAUCUCUCUCUCUCUCUCUCUUCGUCGCUUUUUGCGUUAGUCAAGUCUGCGUGAAAAUUAACCUAUGAAUUAUUCAUAUAAAGAUUAUUCAAUGUUAUCAUGUUUUUCUCUUUUAUUAUAAUUAGAAAAAUUUACAUGUACAUUUGUAAAUUAUCGUGCGUGUAUAUAACGGAAAUAUGAGGCGAAUAAAAUGCAACGUUUUGCUGAAACAA